AUGACACCUGAACCAUCCGACAUAUCAGGAACAUCAACCCACUUUCAAGAUUUGCUCAACAACCUGAACUCUGGUGUGAGAGGCGGCCGUAGAAGAAAAUUCUGUGGUCCAAUUGAACCGUACUUACAUGCAGCUCGGUGGUUUCCUCUCGCGAUUGACCCAUUUGCUGUGCUUGAGGAUGUCUUGUACGAGGGCAUGGAAGCCGAGUUUUCUGAAUUGCGGGCCGACACCUCAGAUGAAGAAGCUUCAAGUUCAAAUAAUCAUCAGAAGGAGUUGUGUAUAAAGCAAUACAAAGAACUUGUGAAGCUUGUACCAACCUUCAGUGACAUUAUAUCAGGAUUUGAAAAAGUUCCGUCGGCCUUGGACAAUUUUAUUCAUGCGCUUACCUGUGCCGCAAAUGAUGCGCGAUCCGAUGAUACUGGGAGCCUAAUGCGAGAGGGGCUGGUAUACAUGCUCAAGAACCCUGAAACUGACCAGUUUAACCCACCUCUACUCAAGCAGCAUGGUAAAAUCGUUCGUGGAUGGAACCACCCUCAGACCGCGCGACUACUGUGCCCGAUGCGGAUGCUCGACGUGUUUGACAAAAAUCCCCAGGACUUCAUGGAUAAGGUAAAGGAAGGUCAGAUCACAAUUACAGUCGCAAAGCUCCCUGCAUAUCUAUACGAUGAGUCUAUGUUGGACCCCGCCAGGAAAAAUCGAGGUUGUCUUCGAGGAUACUACCUCAAACGUGUCUUUCGCCACAUAUUCACUGGACCAUCAAGUGCCAUUUCUGCAACCGCUCACAAAGGCACCAAGGCUCCAAAAGGUCGAAUUCAUGGUAUGACAUCGCCACUACCACGAGCAAUUGCAUACGCAGCCGUACAGGCAUAUUUCCAGCUUAGUUCUGCAACGCAAUGGCGUCAGCAAAUCGGAGACUUCGAUCUCGUUCUAUUGUACGAUCGAGUAGUCAAUAUGUUCGAAGGAAAUAGUAUUAAUAAGCAAUGGGUGCAAGAAACACUCGACCAUUGGAAGUCAGAGACUCCUGGACUCCUGCAGCGUGGGCGCUCCAAGGCCAGGAUAGAUGCAGGACUUCAUGUGUUUGACAGCGAGGAUGACAUGGACGAUUUUUUUGAAUCUGAUGGGCAUUCUCCUGAUAACGGAGAACAGGGUCCACAAGAUAGGAUCGAGAGCAGUGGCAAUGCAGAGAACACACAUGGUAUUUAA